AUGAAUUCGAGAUCACGUGUAGCUCCCAAGGCAAUCAAAAGCCAAGUCUUAGCCGAUCUCCUUGCCCAAUUUCCAAGUGGUGACUAUGAACCAGUGAAUGAAGAAUUAAGAAGAGAGGUGCAUGCAGCUAUGGCUUCCGAGGAAAGCUUUUGGACAUUGAGCUUUGACGGAGUAGCAACUGGAGGGAAAGGAGGAACCGGGAUAGUCCUUACAAGCAAAAGUGGGGAAAAGUUUUAUUUUUCUUAUAAACUGGAUUUCCAUUGUUCGAAUAAUGAAGCUGAGUAUGAGGCUCUUAUUUUAGGCUUGAUAGCAGCUGAGAAGUACAGUAUCAAGAAGAUUCGAAUCCGGGGGGACUCAAAGUUGAUAGUGAAGCAAGUUUCGGGACAGUUCGUCUUAAAGGAGCCUUCCUUGGCCACAUAUCGAACAACAGUCCAAAGGAUUCUUGACAAAUUUCAGAAGGUCGAAAUAGAGCAUGUGCCUCGCUCCGACAACAAGUUUUCAGAUACCCUUGCAACAUUAGGGGCAAGAGUUGAUAUUCCAGAGGAGGAGGCGACAAUUAUUAUCAAGAAGAGAACAGAGCCUUCAAUAAUACCCGAAGACAAAGACCUUCCGGCGGACUGGAGAAGAGAGGUCCUCAAACAACUCAUAAGCAAAGUUGGAAAAUUGACUAUGGCCAAGCUUGCCCAAUUCAUAAUUAUUCAAGGUGAACUUUACUUCCGAAGAGGUACCGGAUUCCUAGCCCGGUGUGUUGGCCAACAAGAAGCAAGCUUCCGACUACAACAGAUACAUGAAAAGUCAUGCGGGGAUGAGGAUAUCAGUCUGUACAGAAGGAUCUAA